ACAAACAUAGUCUGCCAAUCUGUCACCAUGACUACUCUUUGUAUUAAACCUCAUCUAAUUCUCUCACUCCUAAUUCCCUUCUUCACAAUCUCUCCCCCACCAAUAUCUCUAUUCCUUUUCUCCUUCUCUCUAAUCUCAGCCCUUCGAUUCAUCCAACAAUUUCCCAGCCCUCCGAUUUACUUAUUAAUCUCCUCAAUUCUCUCUCUCUUCCUCCCAUGGACCGCCGUGUUCGUACAAACCCAUUCCUCUCCGAACAGGAAGAUCCCGAAGCCACCUCCGACGACGGCUUACCCGAAUCACCCUCCGACUGCAAUGACUCAAAACCCACCGCUGCUCCACCUCCUAAGAAGAGAAGGGGAGUGCAGAAGAGAGUGGUGUCCGUACCGAUCACUGACGUGGAAGGAUCUAAAAGCAAAGGGGAGGCAUAUCCACCGUCCGAUUCAUGGGCAUGGAGGAAAUACGGCCAAAAGCCAAUCAAAGGUUCUCCUUAUCCCAGGGGAUAUUAUCGAUGUAGUAGUUCCAAGGGAUGCCCAGCAAGAAAGCAAGUAGAGAGAAGCCGUGUGGAUCCCACCAAGCUCGUUAUUACCUACGCCUUCGACCACAACCACCAACUCCCGGUCACCAAAUCUCACCACCACCACCAUCAUAAUUCCUCCCCGUCCUCUGCCGUGAUCGCCGCCGUAUCUGCCGCAACCGACUUUCCUUCUCCAGGGAGCACUACGACGUCGUCCUCCACUUCAUCCGGCGACAACACCAACGCCGCCCCGUCGUCUCCGGCGGCGAAGUUUGAGGAGGCGGCUGCGGUUUUCGCGAGUCAGCCGGAACUGGAACUCGGAGGCGACUCGCUGAUGAUAAAACCAUGCAUCGGAGAUUUCGGGUGGUUGGGUGAGGUGGCGUAUGACAGAAUCCUUGAGGGCCCGAUUUGCGGAGGUGGCGACAUAUUCGACGACGCCGAUGUAAUGGUUUUGUCCACUAGAGGAGAUGACGAGGAGGAGUCGUUAUUUGCGGAUCUUGGGGAAUUACCCGAAGGAUCGGUGGUGUUCGGCCGACGGCGAACGGUCCAACCGAACGGACCGAACCGGACAUGUGGCACAGUUUUAAACUGCUAGGGUACUUUUUUUUUCUUUUCUUUUCUUUUCUUUUCUUUUAGGAUUUGGUUCGUUCGUUUGCAAUUGCCAAUUGGUGAUUGUUGUGGAAAACUUUACAAACAGAGAAGAGAGAGAGAGAGAGAGAGAGAGAGAGAGAGAGAGAGAGAGAGAGAGAGAGAGAGAGAGGAUUUUUCUUUAUAAUUACUUUUAAAUUUAGUUUAAAAAUGGGUUUCUGUUGUACAGUGAAAGGUAGUGAAGAAUAUUGAGAAAUAAUGAAUUGAUGAUGUUGGUUCCCUUU